AUGCCGAGGUGGUUGCCGGCGGAAGAAGAACGUGUCCAACCCGCUCCGCGGAGCGGUCCGGUGGACACACAUCGUCGUCUACCUGAUGACGAUGACGCAAAUGACGCGUUUGCUCCAGGAGUUUCGCCGCCGCCUCCACCGUCGACGCCAAAGGACUCCGAUACGGUAUUCGCUCCAGAUUCGUAUAAUGCGUGCCGGCAACGACUUCACAUGCUGCUGGUGUGCGACUUCUUGAGUCCGGACUGUUUUGGCGUCUCCUUGAUCACCCAGCGCAAAAAGCAAAAGAAGCGGCACAGUACGCGAAGACGUAGCGUCCGGGCGCAAUCUGGAGACACAUCAGACACGACUGCCAGUUCCUGCAAACGAGAGCCCCGACCAGCCCCGCCGGUGGCCGCGAAAUCGCCUCCGCCCACGCCGUCUCAUCCUCAGCCACCGACAGUUGCCGGCCGCUAA